AUGCAAAUGACCGACUCAAGCCCUGUCAGCGACUUUGAGAGCCUCAGAGCAUACUCAUUCACAUCUGAUUCCGAAUUUGCAAAUGGUCUUGCAAUCAUCCUGAAUCACCCGGGUACACCUGCCUCCGAGGAAGAGAUCACACGCGAUGAUGAUCUUGUUAUGAAAGCGAAAUGCUACUUUUUUUCACGGUAUGAUAUUGGGAUCCUCGUGCGGCAAAAAAAUGAGAACAUGAAAAAAAAAACUCCGGUACAAAUACUCAUUGAUCCGGGCAGAAAGAAGAACAUCACACCUGCGAUUGAUUUCGCUGCGUAUAAGGCUUGGCUGAACACUGGACCAGCAAAGACCGCUUCAGUGCACGCUUUGCCAGAAGUAUCAGAUGAGCCAUCCGCGGAGACGAGUGGUGAAAUAUCCCGUCCAUCGGCUCCUGAUCCGGCUUAUCCAAACUCUUUUGCUCAGAUCGUCGAGCUUAUCACAACUGGUCAGCCGAUUCCCGGCAUUGAACAGAUCCCAGAUACUGUCUUGGAAGGUCAUGACAUCUCGAGUGAGAAGCCACGCCGUCGCAAGCCCUGGGAGAAGGAUGAGAACGGGACAUCGUCACCAGACAUGGUGGUGUCUGGCAACACCGCUGAAUCAUCUACCGUAUAG